UAUCAGACGGAGAGAAGAAAGCAGAAAAGAAAGAAAAUGGCGGAGAGUCACGCAGAGGUGCUACAGCAAGUAUGGAGCAGAGAAACAAUGCCGAAGGUGAUGAAGAUUAUAAGCACCAGACUUAAACUUCCUCAACGAGACCUUAUAUCUCUCCUUCUCGUCUCCUCUUCCCUCCACCGUACUCUCGUCUCCUCUCCUUCCCUAUGGCUGGUUCUUGAUUUUCAUGAGAUGGUUAAUGCUGGAGAUCGACUGUUAGCUGCCCUGGCGCUGACAAGAUAUCAUCAUGUGAAACAGAUAAACCUUGAGUUUGCACAAGAUGUUGAAGAUAAACAUCUGGACAUUCUUAGGAACCAGUUUUCAGGUUCCCUUCAAAACCUGGAGCAUUUAAAUCUUAAUGGCUGCCAAAAAGUCUCUGAUAUGGGAAUUGAGGCCAUAACUGCAACCUCUCCUUCUUUGAAGAUAUUCUCCAUCUACUGGAAUGUAAGGGUCACAGAUGUUGGCAUAUCAUAUCUGGUUAAAAGCUGCAAACAUAUUGUUGAUUUGAACUUAAGUGGCUGUAAGGGUAUAUCAGAUAAAAGUUUGCAAAUGAUUGCCGAGAAUUAUCAACAUCUGGAGUCAUUGGAUAUUACUCGGUGCAUCAAGAUAACAGACGGGGGCUUGCAACAUAUAAUGGUCAAGUGCUCUGGUCUUAAGAGUCUAAAUCUCUAUGCACUUUCAAGCUUCACAGAUGGAGCUUAUAAGAAACUGUCGCUUUUGGGCCAUCUCAGAUUCUUAGAUCUCUGUGGUGCCCAGAAUCUAUCUGAUGAAGGGCUUUUCUCUAUAGCCAAAUGCAAAAGCAUUCGUACUCUCAAUUUGACAUGGUGUGUACGUGUCACUGAUGCGGGUGUCAUAGCCAUCGCCCAAGGUUGCACCUCUCUUGAAUAUCUUAGCUUGUUUGGAAUCGUUGGGGUUACUGAUAAGUGCCUAGAGGCCCUCUCUGAAUUCUGCUCAAACACAAUCACAACACUUGAUGUAAAUGGAUGUAUUGGCAUCAAGAAACGUAGCCGUGAAGACCUUCUUCAACUAUUCCCAUAUCUGCGGUGCUUCAAAGUUCACAGUUAAUAUAUACGGUUCCCUCAAAAACAUGCAUCAUAAUCAUAUUUCUUCAAGGUACGGAUUAUGUGCUGAAUCCUGCUUAAAAUUUGCAAGAUUGAUAGACAUUUUACCCAUUAUCUUCUACUCCCCAGCAAGUCCAAAUUACUUUUUCUUGGCUAAUUACAUUGAACCACAUAAUUUCUUCUUCAUAGUUCGUUGAACACUUUGUAAUUUGUAUACAUCCAAAAGGGUGCCUAAUUUGGUUGUUGUACUUGAGCUGACAUCUAGUG